CAGUGACCUAACUGACUCAUAUGAGACACUCGGAACAUACGAAGUGUCUUGCCUCCAACAAGGACAGAAACCGUGGUCCUCGCAAUCUUACAUAAUGUGUACGCCGUAUUAAUCAGGAUGAUCUACCUAGGCCCUGAAUACGCGCGCCUGAUCUCCAAGGUGAAUGGCAGACAAUUGAUAUAAAAGGAAUGAGAGAGUAAUAUGACAUGAGUGUUAAAGACGCACCUAACUGCAGUCUACAAGGCAACAUCGUCACAUGGGUCUCAUUGGCACGCACUUUUCAUGAUGAACACAAAAAUCAACGCCGUCUUCUUCGAUUUCAUGGGAACAUGUCUAGACUGGCACAGUGGUACAGUUCAAGUCUUCCCACCAACCAUCGGCGAUAGCGAGAAGUCGAAGCUCGCUUUAGAAUGGCGCCAUGACUAUUUCGACGCCAAUGCAGCUCGACUGGCCUCAAAACAGCCACCAGAAGACAUUGACAUUACGCUUCAUACAACCUUGGAUGCAUUGCUUGAGAAACACCCGGAAUACAAAGACAGAUUUGACAAACAGACCAAAGAUCGAUGUAUCACGGCGUGGCAUUCGAUGCCAGCUUGGCCAGAUGUAACUCUGGCCAUCGAAAAGCUCAAAGCUGCAGGCUAUGAGGUAUUCGUCUUUGCAAACGGGACGCCGCGGUUACAGCUCGACUUGUGCAAGUCUUCGGGAUUGAAGUUUGACAUGCUGUUCUCUAGUGAACUGUUGGGCGUGUACAAGCCUGCUCCCGAGAGCUAUCGCAAGACGCUAGACUUGGUCAAAGUAGACCCACAGGCUGCUGUUAUGGUCGCAGCGCAUGCAUAUGAUACGCGAGGUGCCAAGGAAGCCGGAAUGAAGACGGUAUACAUUCACAGGUGGACUGAUGAUAUUAAUGAGGAUAUGGAAAUCGUAAAAGGAGAAAAUGACUUCUUUCUGGAGGACAUGAUGGACCUUCCGGUUGUUAUUUCACAGAUGUGA